AUGGUUCCAGUUGACGGACUUGAACUGCAUACGAAUGUUUUCAGCCCUUCAGAGCAGAACAAGAUAGUUAAUUUUGUGCAUCAACUUGAGAAACAGGAACAGGCAAUAAAACAGCGCCCAGUUGCUGAUCCUUGCAACCAUGGGAAGGGAAAGGGACGGGUAUCCAUACAAUUUGGUUGCUGUUAUGACAAUGCGCCGGAAGAAAAACCCCCUCGAAUUCGUCGUGAUAUACCUGCCAACCCAAUACCUUCAAUUCUACAGGAUAUGAUAAGAAAACUAGUGGAAUUGCAUGUUGUUCCACCAUCUUGUGUACCCGACAGCUGCGUCAUUCAAAUAUUUCAUGUAGGAGACAUUAUGUUACCUCAUAUUGACAAUGAUGAUUUUGCUCGUCCAAUCUCUAUAGUUUCCCUUCUUAGUGAGUGCGACAUAGGUUUUGGGUCAAAUAUAAUUAAACAGGGUUCAGACUUGAGCGGCCCGAUUGCAGUUCCUCUUCCAGUGGGGUCUGUUUUGGUUUUGAAAGGGAAUGCUGCUGAUGUUGCUAAGCACUGUGUUCCAGCUGUUCAAAGUGAAAUGAUUUUAAUUAUAUUUCGGAAAAUAAAAGAAUGGAAUCGUCCACAUGGUUUCGUUGUUGAGCCAAAUUUAAGGAGACUUGCACCGCUGUCCUAUGAAUCUGAUGAUUCCUAUGUGUUACCAUUUGACGUGAAAACUCCUUUUCCUACACCGCCUGCAACUGGGUAUAAAAGGCACGCCUCGUGGCGCCUUGGGCAGCGCUUUUUUGAGCUUCCGUCCAGACCCAGCUAGCUCUAAUCCAUCCUAAAUACAGAAAACAUACACGAGUGCCUUCUAGAACUUUAGGGUGUAUUCGUUAAAAAGGAAGAGGCCACAGUCAAAUACUCAGUUGUAUUUUGCUCUUUCUUCUUUUGUCUUCUUUAAAUAGAACUCAUGGUCUCAUACUAUAUAGCAUUGUGUUUUAGGGUAUUUUUCAGUUCUAGGGGAAAAUGGAGGACACUAGUAUUUUAGGGUCAAAAACCUGAAGUAAGAUCAAAUUUGAUUAACUUUGUUGAGUUAAAUUCUUCUGAUUGGAAUCCAAAACUAAAGCUGUAAGCUGUAACCUUUGUUGAGUUAGAGUAUUAUACACUAUUCAUAAAAAGGAUGAGAUGUCUGUAGCUGUAA